AUGGCGGCAGUGCAGAGAGCGCUCAAGGCGGCCAAGGAGGCCGAGGCUCGCUCCUACAAUGAACGCCGCAGCCUUUCCAAGGUCUACGAGACACUCGAUGCGGGGCUGCCUCAGCAGGCGUUGAAGUUGGUGGUGACCUACCUCAAGAAGCACCCGGAAUCGCAAAUGGCCAGGGCGAUCAAGGCCCUCGUGCACAACGAUCUCGCGCAGAAGGAGGAAGCCUACGCCAUCUGCCAGGAGGUGUUGGCCGAGUCGCCCAACGACGACGCAGUCAUUCACCCGCUGCGGCUCACCCUCGUCCGCCUCGGUCGUGGCUAUGAGAUGCGACGGCUCUACGAGCAGCUCGCGACGGCCGAGCCCCAGAACCGGAGGUUGGCGCGCCUCGUCUUCUUUGCGUGCGCCAAGGAGGGCGACUUCAAGAGCCAGCAGGCCGCGGCGAUGAAGCUCUACAAGCUGAAGGAGAAGGAGAAGUACUUCUACUGGUCCAUCACCAGCAACUUCCUCCUCGCUGGCGGUCGUCCCUUUGUGCAAGACGGCGAAGUCCAGCGGCUGGGCAAGACGGUGGCGGACGGGACCGCGGUGCAGCCGGCCACCGAUGCGCGCAUGCUCGCGCUGUCGGAGAUGCUCCUCAAGAAGCGCUUCGGAGCCAAGGCGCCCGCCCAGCUGGGCGUCUUCCUGCUCUACCUCAGCAUUCUUACCUCCCAGGGGAAGUACAAGGAAGCCGAGGAGUCCCUGCGAGCCGAUAGCAGCUUCGCGUCGCUCUUCAAGGAGGAGCACGUGCGCCUCAAGUAUCACGGGCGCGUGUGCGGCCAGCUGGGCAUGUGGGACAACGUGCUGCAGAUCUACAAGGGCCUCCUCGUGUCUCAGCAGCCGGACGAUUGGGGCUACGCCAAGAACUACCUCAAUGCGCUGUUCAACCUGCGCACCACGGAGAGCGCCGACCAGAGCGCCGCGCGGCUCGAGGAGGCCCUCGCCUUCUUCCGCCAGCUGCAGAGCGAUAACCCCAGGCUGCGCGGACCAUUUUUGAGCGAAGUUGAGCUGGAGCACCGCCUGCUGGAGGACAAAGUCAAGACGGAUGAUGCCCACCUGAAGGCGCUGCUGGUGGCCUACUUCAAGCGAUUCGGCAGCAAGCCCGUCUGCUACUACGAUAUUGGCCGGUACAUUGUGGCGCUGGAGGGCGGCCGCGAGGAGGCGCAGCAGGAGGCCUUCAUCGAUCUCCUUCGCGCUACCGUCGAGUCGCUGCCUGCCGACGCAUCGCCUGAGGCGAAGGAGCGGUGGUACACGGCGCAGGCGACGAUUGAGAAGUUCCGCAGGCGGCUGGGCCUCCAUUCGCGCCUCUCGCUCGAGGGCAUCGAGACGGAGAUCGGGCCGGGCGAGGACUUGGCGCUGCUGGCGGGGCACCUCAUGCUGGACGCCUACCGCCAGGGCGGCGACGUGGGCUACGUCGUGGCCGGCGCAGCCAUCCUCGAGGCCUGCCUCCGGGGCAGCAAGUACAACUUCCAGGCCAAGGUCCUCCUCAUCCAGUUCUACCGCCUCCUCGAUGCGGCGACGGCGGCGCAUGAUCUGUACACGUCGCUGGAGGUGAAGUACAUCCAGCACGACACGGUGUCGCACCUCAUCAUGGACAUCCUCAUCACCCACGGCCUCACCAGCGAGGCCCUCAAGGUGUGCUCCAACAUCCGCCACUUCCACGAGGUCAAGACUCGAGAGCCGUACAAGUCGGAGAACUACCACAAGGUGACGGAGAUGAUGGAGUUCGGCGACCAGCUCCGACGAUCCCAGCAGCUGGCCGUCACCCGCACCGAGGAGCUCCACCUUUUGUUGGGCACGCAAGCCGACACGCGUGCGCUGCUUCCGGUGACGGCCUCGCGAUUCGUGGUGGGCGUGCCGCCCCAUGCCGAGGCCCUCGUCACCGACGAGCAGGCCGCCGCCGAGCUCUCCCACAACCAGGACCCCGUCAUCGUCGAAUGGGACCCGCCCAGCACCGCACACCCCGCGAGCGAUGGGCUCGCGUCGAGCGCGGACAUGGGCAGUGGCCGCAGCUCGGUGGACGAGCAGAAGCGGUGGCUGCGCGUGCGGAGCCUGGUGGCCAAGGCCCUCCACCGCCUCGUGGCCCUCGCCCACGCCUCCGCCCCUGCCCCCGAAGCCGCCCCCGCCCAGCCUGCGCCUCAAAAGGGCAAGGGCAAGGCUCCAGAGCCGCCCAAGCCGGCUGUUGUCGCGGCCCCGGUGGACAAGCCCGCCCUCCUCGCUAGCGCCAGGGACGCGCUGCGGCAGUUGGGAGAGCUGCUGCCGGUGGUGUUGUCGUUGGAGGGCACGGCGGCGUUUUCGCUCGAGGCCGAAGACGCGGCGGUCGACCUCAACGGCGCCAAGACCGACGUGCGCGCGUGGCAGCUCGUCUGGCGCGUCUUCCGCACCUUUGCCGUCGUCGCCCAGCUCGUCGUCUCCGUCGCCGAGAACAAGGUGGAGGAACAGACGAUGCACGAGGCGAUCAAGCGUCUGCAGGCGCUGCCCGCCCAAUUCGAGGGCGUGGCGCAGCACGUGCUGGGCGAGCUGGAGCCGGCUGGGACCCAGGCCGGCGGGUUCAACGGGGCGGCCCUGCGCGAGGCCUGCUUCGUGGUGGUCCAGCUCUCGGCGUGGACCGCCGCUCUCUUCCAGGCCUGGUCGGCCGCCUUCCCCGCCAAGCAGCGCCGAAAGAACCACCCUGCCAACUCUGUGCAGGAGGCGAAGGCGCCGUUGACGGAGGGCGCGGCGGCGAUCGCGCGCAGCCUGGAGUCGGUCGGGGCGCUCCUCAAGAAGCGCCUGGGCGACGCCGCCACGCUCAAGCCCGCCCUCCCGAGCUCCACUCUUGCCGAUCUCUCCACCGCCUUCCACCAGAAGGAGGUGACUGAGUGCACGGCGGAGGUGCAGAAGAAGGUGACGCAGAGCUGGCAGGAGUCGCUCAAGAGCCUGACGGCCCUCGCGCAGCAGCGCGUGACCACCCUCCAGCAGGCCGCCAAAUGCUGA